AUGUCGGGUGCAUUCUCAAGAGGAGCACACACCAUGAACUCCAUGUUCAAGCCAAUGGUGAGGAAAGGCUACCACAAGAAGAGCUCCUCUGCCGCCGGGGACACGGUGAGUGGCCGGGAGACGCCGGCCGCGGCGAAGGUGGAGAGUGAUCAGAGCAAGCUGGGAUCUGAUGGUGGUGGUGGGUAUUGCAGUUGGGUUCCGGACGAGAAGACUGGGAUUUACUACCCCAAAGGUCAGGAGAAAGUAAUGCAGGAAAUCCCUGCCGGAGCCGGCAGAGAUGUUGAUGUGCAUUGGUACUCUCACAAUUAUCAAGAGAAUUGCCUCUGA